GCUGUGAGGCAGGCCGCUGGGCGGCGGGCCGCUGGGCGGCGGGCCGCUGGGCGGCGGGGCUUCGGCGCUGUGGCGGAGCCUCUGUCCAAGUCUUGCCCAGGCCCACUUUUCCUCCGCGCUGGCUGGUUAGAGCCCGUUGGCGCGAGGCUCCGGACAGGUUUUUCAGUCAGGUCCUGGGACGCGGGCCCCAGGCGAUGACUGAGGUAGAUGCCGGGCGCCGGCCCUGUCCCUCAGCGGCGUUUCUUCAGCAGCCGGACUCUUUUUUUGUUUUGUUUUUUCUUUCUAUAAACCAACUCUUCCUGUCUGCGGUCUGGACAGUAGCGCCCUUUCCUUACCGUUGGCUUUUGGCGCUUCUCCACAGCGCAGGGAGGUGGGCUGUACCUCUGCCGCCUUUCAGUCAAGGACGUUUGCAGCCCAAACCCUGGGUCUCUGGGAGAAGCAACCCAGAACCGUGCAGCUGGACGGAAGCUUGGAUGGAGCGACCAUCCUGGGCAUCUCUUUCUUUGCUGGGCUUUGCCCACGGGCGUUACUGCUGCACACCAAAGACAGCCUCGAGGGGAGAGGAAGAAGUAACAGCUGAGGGCGUCCGCGGGGCCAGGCAGGGCCCAGCAUCCCACGGCUCAGGCAGAUCCUUCAGGAAGAGUUCAAAAGAAGCCGUCGUCACAUGCUCCGUGCAUGUUAUUGGUUCUGAAGACCUUCCAGUGGGACAAGACGGGGAGGACUUCACACAGUUUAGCUCAUUGUGGCUACUUAGUCAGCAUUGAUGGCAUUGAGUUGAACCAAAGAGAUACCUAUAAGGGUGUUGCUCUGACUGGUAGAUAUUUAAAACCUCCUUGAAGCAAUGAACCAGUUGCUCUGGAUGGAGAGGUUGUCCUGUCAUAAAGGCCGCUAAGACAUGAUGUCACACACAGACACUGCUCGGCCUACAAAAGGGGGAAGCAUGUGCACUGGGCUUUCAGACUUAGCUGGUGCCAGUGCUCUUCUCAGACUUGUUCCUGGUGCCUGAGAAGAGGUGAAUAGACUGCCUGGACACUGAUACGGUCAAAGGACUCUCUGAAAAUCACUAACGUCAUCAAAAUUGGCAUUUUUGACUGAAAAUGUUUGGUCUGUGCUGCCAGAGAGAGAGAUUUUACAAGUCCCUCUAUGUGGUACAAAUCUUCAUUCUUGUAGGAGUAUUGUACUACUAUUUCCAGGAGUCUCUGGGGAAAAUAGCUCCUGACUAUGAAAUUUCCGGGGAAUCAUCACAGCCCAUAGGAGAUACUUUAAGGCCAGUGUGGGGGCUGAUAGAUAAGUGCUACCCUGUGACCAUUCAGAGACCCAAAAUCAAGAGGGGGAAGAAGCAAGCCUCUAAGGCCAAGACCACCAGGGUACCAGGGGGACUGAAUGGUGCUGUCCCCAAGGAGGAGACCGACAUCCUGUCUCAGGAGGAAAGGAAAACAGAAAUAUCCAAAAGGAGAUUGCUUUAUAUCCGUCUGAGGCCUCAGGUGGGCAGCAAUGAGGAAAGGACUAGGGCCAAGGCCCCCAGUUCUGAGGACACUCUGGGCCGAUUCCCAACCUCCAUCACCACCAAGAGCAAGAACCGUGAACAACAAAGGAUCCAAUAAACCCAAAAGUCUCUGCUUCUACAGGCCCAGCUGCCUCCUCUUGAAGGCUCCAUGGCUUCUCAGACAACCACCCCACCUUGUCCCAUCCAUACUCCCUCUCCUGACAGAUGUGAGAGCACCAAUCCCUGCCCUGAGACACUCUAGAAUGACCCAAGGGGCUCUGGCUAGCCUUCCAACUCAGUUUCAGGGGACAGAGGAAGGUCCUUGAAGUGCUGGUAGCUGGGGAGCUCCCCGUCCUGAGGUCAGUUAUGAAUAUGCUAACAGGAGCCCCCAUCAGGGAUGCUAUAGGGCUCCUGUGACAGAAGGGACCUCAGGGUGGGUUUUGCUCUUGGUGUCUGUGUUUCUGUCCCAGGCUGUUCCCUGAAUGCCCCCAGAGGUUCUACUGAGGAAUCAGGAUACUGCAUGAUCAUUAGACACCUUUAGGUGCUGCCCACGUGCCCAAUCCAGACCAGCCAUUUUGGCAAUGGGGCUAGAGAGGAGGACACCAGUCCCUGUUGUUUGGGAGGCUCCAGACCAGCAAGGAUUACAGGUCCAGAAGCCACAGCAGGAAGACAGGACUCGGAGGCCAUUGGGUGGUCAGUUGAGUAAACAAACCCUGGGCAGGGAACAGUGCCUCCGUAGUCAAAGGUCAGGAUGGUGAGCAAAGACUAGAGAACACAGUCUCUCCCAUUCAGGUGCCCAUACCACCUCUUUGACCUUUGCCCAUCCAAUUGACACAUGAGCCCAAAGUUGACCCCCAUCUCUAGGGCAAACUGCCCCUGACCAACCCUGUGGACCCUACCUGACCACUCAGCAGAUGUCACCCUAGGUUGGACCCAAGACAAGUGUCCUUUUCCAGCUCCAGCCUGAACCUGAGAUACAACUCCUCACUGGUCAGUGACCUGGAAACUGGCAUCCCAGAAGGACCAGAGAGGGUGGCCAACUAUACUUUAGGGUGCCUGAGAGGCUGUGGGAGGUGGCCCAGUCCUGAGCCCCCAUGGGAAAUAUUCUGGUACUAGUUGACUGAGUCAUGGGUAUUAUUAACUCUGGACAUCAUUUCCUGGCCCUCCAAGGUUUCUCCACAGUUUGGGGAGUGUUGUAUAUGAAGUGAGGUAAUAGAUGUGAUGGUGCUGGCUGG